ACAACACUUCCAUAUCCGGUCAAGUUUCGCACGAGUUUUCCCACACCGAUUAAUUCUUGGAAAUGUAAUUUAAAAAAAACGAGGAUUAUACCUGUGGUUAAAAUUGAUUAUCACUCAUUACCUCUGUGGAAUUGUUCACUAAGGACCAUAAAGUCAUCAGUUUUCAGUAGGUCAUUCUUUUUAAAAUCGUUUUUUCACCACUGAAAAACGCUCCAGUUUGUUUCCAUCCAAAUAAAAAAAUGUGAGGUGUGAUGUAAUGACAAAAAUAAACGUGACCUUUCACCAUUCAAUACGCCUCUCAGUUUACUACACCCACUCUUGCAUUUUAGACUUUUAGUGACAGUCAGACUGAUUAAUGCACUAAAAGAAGCCACAGUGUCGAACUAAAGCAGCAAGGUCCCAAUUGAUUGAAAUAAUGAGUAGCAGCAAGCUUUUUGUGAACGUGGACAACUGGAUAGCGGAGAACCAGAAGGCUUUCCUGCCACCAGUGUGCAACAAGCUCAUGCACUUUUCCCAACUAAACAUCAUGUUUGUUGGAGGGCCAAACACCAGGAAGGAUUAUCACAUAGAAGAAGGGGAGGAGCUGUUCUACCAGGUGAAGGGUGACAUGUGCCUGAAGGUGAUUGAAAACGGCAAGAGAAAAGAUGUGCACAUCAAGGAGGGAGAGAUGUUUCUGCUUCCUGCUCGAGUCCCCCACUCACCUCAGAGACAGGCCAACACUGUCGGACUGGUGGUAGAGAGGAAACGGCUGCUGACAGAGACCGACUGCCUCAGGUACUAUGUAGACAACACCACUGACAUCCUGUUUGAGAGAUGGUUCUACUGCGAAAAUCUUGGAACCCAAUUGGUGCCAAUAAUCAAAGAGUUCAUGGCAUCAACGCAGUGCCAGACAGGAAAACCUGAUCCGAACCAAGUCUUUGCGGAACCGCCAUUCCAGCUGAACAGAAUGAAUGUGAUGUCACCCUUCUCCUUGAAGUCCUGGUUGGAAAAACGAAAGCUGUUCCUUAGCAAUGGCAGCAGCAUUAACAUAUUUGGAGAUCAGUUUGAGACUGAGGCAAUCGUGUAUGGACCUGGUUUUUCUGACGCUUCCUCGCCACAAACUGAUCACUGGAUUUGGCAACUGGAGGGAUCCUCUCGAGUAACCAUGAAUGAAAAGGAGUUUAAUCUGUCUGAUGGAGACAGUUUACUCAUUCCUGAGCACACCCAGUACCAGUGGAAGCGGAAUGAGGGGACUGUAGCACUGGUUGUGGUUCAAAACCCGGAGCGUAAAAGACCCUGAAAAGAUCUGCGAGCAUCACUCAAUAUACAGCAUACUUCUAAUUGAAAAAUUGGAUUGCAAAAGUGAAAGGUGUUCAAGUCAGAUGAAUCAUAAAGAUAAUAAAAAAUACAGUUGCA